AUGGAUCCCAAUCAACAAGCAGGUCAACCUUCUCCUUCAACAAAACUGGAAAGAAAGGUUGUUGAGAAAAAUAGAAGAAACAAAAUGAAGUCUCUCAUUUCCAACCUUAACUCUCUUUGCCUUAACUAUAAUCCCAAGAGAGCUUUACCUGACCAAAUAGAUGAUGCUAAAAACUACAUUAAGAGCUUAGAGACAAAUUUGAAAUUGGCAAAGGAAAAGAAAGAAAGUUUAAUGAGAAACAAGAGAUCGCUUAGUGGUUGUUCGAGUUCGUCUGGAUCAAAAGGAAGCAAUAAAUCACCAAGAAUAGAGAUUCAUGAAAAUGGUUCUUCUCUACAAGUGAUUGUAACAUGUGGGGUUGAUGAUAAGUUCAUUUUCUAUGAAAUUCUAAGGAUACUGCAUGAAGAUCACGUGGAGGUCAUCUCUGCAAAUUCUGCUUUGAUAGGAGAUUCGGUUAUUCAUGUUGUGCAUGCUGAGAAUCCGCAAUCAGUGUUUCAAUUUGGAGCGACCAAAGUAGGUGAGAGAUUGAAAAGGUUUGUGAACGGAUCAGUGAGAGAGGUGCAAAUAAUAGAGCCUCAGUUGUGGGAUUCUGAGAUUGGAAAUGAGAGUUGGGAUCUAAAUUCUAUAGUAAACAAGUGUUUUCCAAAAACUUUAUGA